UUGAUUUAUGAUCAUAUUUUGGAGGGAUCCUUACGGGCGUUGUUAAUUUUGGGCCAACAACUCUGAGAAGGUGAGAAUGGAGGUAUUCCAUGGAUGAAUGUCAUCCCUCUUUUUACAUCAGAAGGAGGUGUUAGGUCACGGAAGAAAGACUCAAUCACUCUCCCAAACCCAAACAUUUCUAACCUCUCUUCUCAAAAUCUGAAAUCGAAUACUUUCUCUCAUCAAUCAAACAUGGCUUCAACUUCAAACACUGUACCUUCUGCUUCUUCCAUUCGUAACUCUAACCUCUCCUCUCUAUUUACUCACUCCUCAGCAAUUCCAUCACCAAAUCCCCAAAUUGCUUUCUUCCUACGCCAUUGCAAGACAGGUAACGUUACUGCAACUCAUGCAUUGCAUUUCUUUCACCUAAUGAUGCGUUCAACUCCUACCCCUUCCUUAUCUUCUUUCAAUCACCUUCUUUCCGGACUUGCUAAGAUUAAGCAUUACUCUCAAGUUUUUUCUCUCUAUAAUCAAAUGCGUCUAUCUGGACUUUCGUCUGAUCGCUGCACUCUGAAUAUAUUGUUGAAUUGCCUUUGUAAUGUGAAUCGGCUUCGCGAAGGUUUUGCGGCCUUUGCGGGGAUUUUAAGGAGAGGUUAUAGUCCUAAUAUAGUCACAUAUAACACCUUGAUUAAGGGAUUGUGUAUGGAGCAUAGGAUUAGUGAAGCCACACGGUUAUUUCUCAGAAUGCAAAAAUUAGGUUGUACGCCAGAUGUGGUUACUUAUGGGACUUUGAUCAAGGGGCUAUGCGGAACCGGGAAUAUUAACAUUGCACUUAAGUUGCAUCAAGAAAUGCUCAAUGACAUUAGUCGAUAUGAGAUUAAUUGUAAGCCUAAUGUUAUUACCUAUAAUAUCAUCGUAGAUGGGCUUUGUAAGGUUGGACGUGAAGACGAGGCAAAACAACUUUUUGAGGAAAUGAAAACUCAGGGAAUGAUUCCCAGUAUCAUUUCGUAUAACUCCUUGAUUCAUGGAUUUUGUUGUGCUGGAAAGUGGGAGGAGUCUAAACGUUUGUUAGAUGAGAUGCUGGAUCAAGGUCUUCAACCAGAUAUGGUCACAUUUAAUGUGUUGAUUGAUACUCUUUGCAAGGAAGGAAAGGUUAUUGAGGCUAAGAAGUUGCUAGGAGUGAUGAUUGAGAGCGGUAUUGUUCCUGAUUUGGUUACUUAUAAUUCAUUGAUUGAGGGAUUUUGUAUGGUUGGUGAUCUUAACAGUGCGAGGGAAUUAUUUGUUAGCAUGCCAAGCAAGGGAUGCGAACCUGAUGUGAUUUCUUACAAUGUGCUAAUUAAUGGGUAUUCUAAAACUUUGAAGGUGGAAGAGGCAAUGAAGCUUUACAAUGAAAUGCUCCUAGUGGGAAAGAGGCCAAAUGUGAUAACAUAUGAUUCCUUGUUAAAGGGGAUUUUUUUGGCAGGAAAACUCGAAACUGCUUGGGAGCUUUUCGAAAAACUGUCCAACGAAGGGCAUGAACCAAAUGUUGUGACUUAUACCAUUAUGAUCCAUGGAUUUUGUAGAGAGGGACAAGUAGAUAAGGCAAAUGUUUUGAUUCAAAAGAUGGAAGCAAAUGGUUGUACCCCCGACAUUAUUACUUACAAUACACUUAUGCGUGGUUUCUAUGAAAGUAAUAAAUUAGAGGAGGUGGUUCAACUUCUCCAUAGGAUGGCUCAGAAGGAUGUGUCACCAGAUGCCAUCACUUGCUCCAUAGUUGUAGACAUGCUUUCCAAAGAUGAAAAAUAUCAAGAAUGUCUACACUUGCUUCCAAGGUUUCCCAUCCAAAAGGGCGUUGAUAAACACUUAUUGAUGACUCAUUAGGAGCUAUAUGAUUUGAAAAUUUCUAAUCAGCUUUCAAAAAGGAACGAUACAUCAUUUUUCAUGGACAUUCCCACUAUACUCCAAUUUUUGUCAUGGUAGAUUGCUUGGCUUUAUGGAUUCUUUCAUCGUGAUUUCUAAUUUGCAUUGUUUGAGUUUCAGGAGGAUCAUAUUCAUCAACCAACAUGGAAUAGAUAAGUAUAUUUUUUACCAAA